ACGAUCAAGCAGGAGCUUGACUCGGUCCAGAAUGCCAUGCAGGCGCUGCACGCUGCCAACCCGCUGAAGAAGGCGCUGGAGGAGCAAGAGGAAGCCUUGAAGCAGAAACUUUACCAGGCCAAGCCGAAGCACAAGCAGGUCGAGGAGCUGAAUGCCGUCAUUGCGAGAGACGCCAGGCGCCAGCAGGAGGCGACGGUCGCGGCGAAGCAGGCGGUCGACGAGUACAACCGCCUGAAGCUGAUCGUGGAGAAGCACAAGCAGGAGCUGAAGGAGCUGGAGGCUCUGGAGGCGUUGGUGCUACUAGACGCGCCAGAGCCGAGUUUUCGCAUCGGCGCCCCCCUCGCCAGCGACAGCCAGGGGGAAGGCGCGACCGACCCAGCAGUGGCAGUGGGCAUCGAUGCAGGGAGGAUCGGCAAGGGCAAGCUGUCCUCUGCUUCGACGUCUGGCGCAGCAGCUGCGCGCAGGCGGACAACUGACAAGGCAUACGUGGAGACCCCGCAGGUGGGUCACAAAGGGUCGCUGCUUGGGGAGAGCAGACGCAGAAUAUCCGACGACGACGAGUUUGGCGACAUAUCGACGCUGACAGGCGGCGCGCCGAACGAUCUCGAGCCCAUACCAGUAUACGAUGGCAGGGUGGAGCGCGUCUGCAGGGGAGGUGCUGCAGAAUACCAGUUUGUCGGCCGCACGGACGUCCUGGUAGCUUCGAAGGCUGGCCUGGACCAGGGAGGCCGCAUGGCUGUCUUGAGCGAUCUUUUCGCGAACAGUGGCUUCAAUGUUAUUGGAGUUCAGGAAAGCUGGCUCCCUGGUGCCCAACUCCUGGACACUGACGCCUACGCCAUCUGCACAACCCCGGCCACCAACAUGCACGGACUCGGGGUGCAGUUGCGGGUGCCGCACCGGCUGCGCCACGCCGUCUCGGCUGUCAUGCCGCUCGGUCCGAGGCUGCUCAAGGCUCGCAUGCGGAUGAAGGGGAACGACAGCGACGACAAGACUUCCCUCGGCAUCGUCGUGGCGCAUGCGCCGCAUGAGAUGGCUGCGCUGGAGGAGGCGGACACUUCUUGGGAGGAACUGGAGACAGCGAUCACCUCCUUCCCAAAAGGUGUGCAG